AUGUGGAGAAGAGCAAUAAACCCACGAUCCACCGUCUUCAAACUCAUAGCCACUGGAACAGGGCUUUUUACGCUCUCAACUGCGUAUUGUUACGUAUUCCAUGUGCGCACAUCAUACAAACGAGAUCCAUUAUAUUAUAAACCGGUAAGAAAGGCCCUUUGGGAUGAGAGUAAUAAAGGACAAUUCAACCAUUCUGAUGCUUUGACUCAGUAUGUCGAGACACUGAGAGGUUUGAAAGGAAGGGACCCGCUGGGGGAACCGUACACUAGGAUUGAAUUGAAGAUUGCCGAGAUGUUGGAGAAUAUGGGGAAAUAUGAUGAAGCUCAUUCUAUCUAUUUGGAAAUGCUUUAUAGGUUCUUUGAUGCGUUGGUUACACCUGGGGUGAUCCCUGAUUUGAAGAGACCAGAGUUCAUUAGGAAGGAUUUGCGAUUGUUAAUUAAGUCCCUGGAGAUUAAUACAGAUAUUGAAUUGGGGAAGAAGAAUUUAUUGGCCCAUUUGCUUUUGGUGCAAGAGGAAGUCAUGGGCAGAUCCCCUGAGUUGAAGAAAUUUUUCGAUGAAAGGAAAAGAAAGGCUACUAGUAAUGGUUUGGGCAAGAAUCACAGUGAUUUAAGUGGAAGUAAUUUGCAAGACAUCUUGAAUUUGAAAUUCUUUAAGACUGUGGUUAACGAUGAAAAUAUUAAAUUCGAUGAAAAUGGAUAUAUGGUACUUGAUAUGGAAAAGAAUUCUACAGCAUGGGAACCCUUUAAAGAGGAGUUUUUUACCGCAAGAGAUUUAUAUACCGCCUUCUGUGUAUCCUCUCACGAUGUGGGUACUGCAUUAAGUUGUAAGAUGACGACUUUGGAGUGGAUGGUAAUGGCAGAUAUGCCACCUGGCCAAAUUCUUCUAUCGCAGGCGAAUGUUGGAUCGCUAUUAUAUCUUCAAGCAGAAAAAUAUGAAGCAGAAAUUGAAAAAUUGAAAUCUUCAUCUUCCAUUGACGACACUACGAAAAUAACAGACGAUACCAUGAUAAAGAAGUUGAGAAGUCUGAAUAAAAAUCGUGAUUCCUGCCUGCAGAUGGCAAAUGAAUGUUAUGACAAUAUAAUAGAUUUUUCCAAGAAAAACAGAAAUUUAAGAUAUCACAUCAAAGAUCAAUUGGAUCCAGCCGUGUCACAAUCAAUUGCUCUAUCCACUUAUGGUAAGGGGAUCUUGAAUUUGCAUAGAGGCUCAUUAACUAAGGCUGAAAGAUUGCUAAAGGAUUCUAUUUCGAUGGCAAAAGAAACAGACUUUACAGAAUUGUUAACAGAAGCUGAAAAUGAAUUAAAAAGAGCUCUUCUUAUUAAGGAACAAAUAAUUACAAAGUCUAACAACAACCUCCCCCUGUAG